CGACCAUCAAAAUGGCCGACACUGCAAAAGUUUAGCACUAAAUGAAUGUUUCAUGUUUAUCCAUUUAUCAGCGAAACGUUCUGAACAUCCAUCUGCCGUAUAUUUUAAGUGGUUUGGAUGACGGCUUACAUUGGUCUAAAAUGUCAUUUCUGAGCUGAUCGAAGGUUGUACUGAGCACUGAUGAUUCGCGUUCGUGGAUCGUAAUUGUCAGACUAGCUUAAAGGUUAGUAGGUAAGCUUAAGUGUACAUUAGAUUUUUUUACCAGUUUUUACGUUUCUAUAACCAAUGAAAGGGACGAGGGACUUUCCCUUUUUUACGUCACAGAAUUGGACACACCUCUAACUAUGCCCCUCAUUCAGUAAGGCCAAAAACAAAAAACUAACCAGUCAUUAUGCCGUCGACGGUAGACAUUCGUGAAUUCUAGAAUUCUGCUUAAGUCUAAAAGUCUCCGUCCAUUAGUAGCUGUUUCAGUGAAGCUGGACAAUGGAUCGGCAAGAGAGUAUUAAAGGUAUAUGUAACUAAAAGUUCGCCAAUGCAAAAUACUAGAAAAUACGUAAUUGUAAUGUACGCUUACAACGCAUUACUGAACUCAAAUGUGCUCAAAGGUUUCGAUUUAAUAAUGGGCUCGAGCGCACCGUCGUCCACGAUUGUUCAGGUUUUCUGUUAUCGUCCGAAAUUUAAAUGCAUUUGUGAGGUUUCAGUAUUUCCAAAUCCUUGGAAAUCCUUGAUCUGGUAUUUUGAGCAUCGACGACGAGUAAUGUAUGUUUCGUUUUCUCCAUUUUUGCGCAGUUUAGAAUGAUGCAAUUGCAUCGAGAACCGCCGAUCGAGAACAAGAUCUCUUAUACGAUACGAAUCAUUUUCAUUAAAAGUGUGGCGAAUAAGUUUAUUGAUGCAUCAGUAUAACAAACUAUUUAGUUGCAGCAAAGUAAAUCACUGUACCUUUAUACAUGAGCUUUUUUUUAACUUUCCUUUUACACGACGAGUUCGAGGUACAUUUACGACUAGCGCGAUUUGUUUAACUAAUCAUCUAAGAAACAUGCAAUUAUUUAUGACGAAGAAGGCAUAAAACGCGAGUCUAAUUUGUUUUGGAUAAGAUGCUUGUUUCUAAGAGACUACUAAUGUAGCUAAUAUUAUAUAUUAAUCUUUGUAUGAAUUUAGUUCGGCAUAUGCAAUCAAUUAGAUUGGCACCACUGGAGCACGACGGUAGAAAUGCAAUGGGCCCUAUUCAUGUACAUAUAAUUGCAGGUAGUCAUUGUAGGUACAUGUACAUUGUAACCAAUUUGUUACAUGAAGUCCUUGUAUAUUUUUCUGAUGUAUUAGUUGAAAAUAAUUUUGUGAUUGAAAUAAUGACAUUGACAUAUUAAAAGAGAUUUCUGAAGACAUAUAAAGGUAAAAACGAACAAUAAAAUCCGACGUUUUGGAGUAGUUGUGAUUCCAUUAGCAAGGAAAAAUGUUUUUGAUCGUGCAAAUUACAGCAUUUACAUGUAAGGCGAUGUGGCGCAAAAAUUAACAUAUAUGUACAUGUAACAGGGUGCGAAGGUUUAAUAUGAAAAUACUUUUACAUGAGUUUGUGACCUGUGUGAUGCAGGCUAUGUAGGUUACACACUUGGACAUUUACACAAUCGUGUAAAAGGACAUAAACAACAGUCCUCCACCAUUGCCAAACAUUGCAAGAAUGUGCAUGGGACGAUCCCUCAGGACCUGCUGAAAUGCUUUGAAGUGCUUAAGAAAUGCAGGAACAAAUUUGACUGUUUAGUGUUUGAAAUGCUUUUCACAAGAACCUUAAAGCCAAAUCUCAACAUGCAUUCAGACUCUAUCCAUGCAAAAGUAUUUUCAUAAUCUUCACACUCUGUUAUCUUAAUUUUCACGCCACCUUGUGUUAAAUGCUGUAAUUUGCAUGAUCAGAAACAUUUUUCCUUGAUAAUGGAGUUGUGACUGCUCUGUAACGUCGGAUUUUAUCGUUCAUUUUUACCGUUUUAUGAAAUAAUGACAUUGUCCAAAAUUUUCAGGCCAUUACUUGGUGAAAUUAAGAAUUUACAGUAAGACACCAGUGUACAAUGCACCUGCAUUCUAUACACGCAUGGUGUUCAUCUGAUAGUGUAUCCUUAUGGUUAGACUGAAAUUUUACAUCAUCACUGUUUGAUGUUACAGGUUGUAAUAUCUUAUGUACAUCAGUUACCAGCAAUUUAAUCUUAUACUUUGCUUUAGGAUCGUGGCCUAUCGCUGCUUGUAAUUCUCUGGAGCCAGGAACAUGCAAACUGAUAAUUCUUGAAACCUGCCGACAUAAUGUCCAGGAGCUCUUGUGCUUAGCACCAGAGGAUUCACUCAGUUCUCCACAGCACCAUUUUCCUGCCCAAUUUGUUAAAGUUCAGUAUGUCAUAGCACUGUGCAAUGAAGUCUCUCAAGAAUUGCUUGAUUGCAGAUUGGAGCCUCUUCAAAAUAACGCUAUGUUUAGGAUUGUAAAUGUGAGUACAAUACAUGUAACUAAAGUAAUGGUCAUACAGUCAAAGCUCUGUUAGCAUUACUGUCAUAAUCAGACAGCUCUACUUACAGCCGCCCUCACAGUACCCUGUAUUUUAACUCCCAUUACAAACUCUGUGUUAUUGCAUUUUCAUAAAUGGACAAUUCCUGUAUGCAGCCACAGAAACUUACAUGGUUUAGAAGUAAGGUUUUAGGUUAGUUUUUAAGCUCCUGUAAGAGGACAUCUUAAAUGACAUCUAACUCACCUUUGAAUUUUGUACUUUAAUACUGAUAUUAACUUGAUAUCGUUGUUGCAUGAUCACAAUAUAUUUCUGUCAGUUUCGGUCUUCUUGUCCGGUUGCACUACAAAGUACAUGUAUCACUUGAAUUAUAUGCGUGUGGCUAAAAUAACACUUUCAUUUGUCAGAUCAACAGUAUAGCCAAAUACUAUCAAAAACUUUUUUUGCAAAUGUCAAUGUUUAUUUGUAGUUCAGGACAAGCCCCUGUAAGCAAUCAUUUAACCCUUAUCUCUGAAGUGGCCACUUAACUUGUGUUUCAUAAGCAGCCAGCUCUAGUAACAGACACCUUUUUCACAUGCCGAGCUAGGGUGCCUGCUUACCAGUCCAGAGCUUCUACCCGACUACCGUAUUAAAAUUGUUUCUGUCCAAAUGCCGUAAAUCCUCUAUUAAGCCCCCCCUCCCCUUCAGGGGGAGAAAGUUAAUAAGCAUCUGUUUCAGAUCCUCGGCUGUAUGACCUAAAACUUCGUGUACGUGAGCUUUUCCACUUUGUAUUCUAGUUCUUUAUGGAGAAAUGAUACCAUUGUCAUUUAAUUUCUAAAAUAAAUAAGCCCCCCCCCACUCGCCUUCUUAAAUAAACCCACCCUUGAAUGGGCUUGAAAUAAAUAAACCCCCCGGGGGCUUAAUAGGGGAUUUAUGGUAAUAUUUUUUUCUUGGUACGCUUUCUGUUACACUCUGUAUUAAUUUUAUUACCUGAUGCUCAACUUAUUAGCAGUCACUAUAGGGUAAUAUCAUUGUUCCCUGCAGGGCUUCUGAUAGAUCACGGAAUAAAAAGUCAAAUUUUGCGGGAUUUUUAGGGAAAAAUUUGCAGAAAAAACGGCCAAUUUUGCAGGGUUUUGGGGGCAAACCUCACCAAAAACCAAUCAGUAAAAAACACCAAUUUUGUGGUUAUUUUCAAGGCAAAUUUCGCUACAAAUCGAUCAGUUUUGCACAGAUCAGACCAGCGUGUUUAGCGUUUUUCUAACACAGGUCAUCAUUUGCUCUUUCAACAACAAUAUACUCCAGAAAUGAACCAAUGGCAAAGCCUUUUAAUAACAUCAUGGCUAGUGCCCAGUUUUUCGCAACAUAAUUUAUGCCUGGUAGUUGUUUACACAUUUUAGUGAUGAAGUUCCAAGAUAAAUUCGCAAGUUUACGGCAAGUAAAAAGCCCCAAUAGCUGAAAUAAGUUUCAAAUAUGUUGUACAGACAUGUAUUUGAUAAGAUUUCUACCAAAUUUUGCAAUAUUUUUCGUGUUUUUGUGAAUUUUGCGGGAUUUUGCGGAUUUCCCUGAAUUUCACAGCUCCACGACCCCGUGAAAUAUCAGAAGCCCUGUUCUCGGUACAGUCUCAGUAAUUUAUUACCUGAUGCUCAACUUUAGCGUAGUCACUAGGGUAAGAUUGUCUCACACUCCCCAUGUUUCCUACAUUGUACAUGUUCAGAUGUAUCUCCUGUAUUGCUAAUGGCUUCUAACAAGGGUCUUUCCAUGAGCAGCUAGGCUUCAAUAAGUAAUAUUACACUUUAGUAAAAUCCAACUAGUGGCCUAUUAUCAAUGCUGCGUUAUGACUGGUUGAGCUACUACUAGGCUAUAUUUUAUAGCCCACUAGUAGCGAAAAGCACCAGCUUUGGAAACCAAAACAGUGGCGGCUGAAUCGCGUUUUGCUAGCUAAAGUUGUUUUGUCUGGAUAAUUUUGACCAAUUAGUUGGAUUCUACUAAAACAAUUAUUCCUCUCUCCCUCAUGGCCUCUGAGUCAAUAGCCCUUGAGGCCUGCGGCCUCAUGGGCUAUUGACUUAGAGCCCAUUCAGGCUCGAGGAAUAAUUGUUAAGUAUUAUGGGCAUUUUUUUAAUUUCCUUAGGGAGUGUCUAGUGACCUAACAACAGCUAGGGUCUUUAACUGUAUACUGUUUUAUGUUACUCCCUUUUUCAUUACCAUUUGGUAUGACUGUUCCUACAUUGUACAUAAUAUUGUUCACUUUCUUGGGAGUCAAAGGUUUAGUGCUUAUCUUAACUUACUGUAUAAAGAAUUGAACUGUCAUGUACAGCUGUAUUGGUUUUAAAUGAUUGUACAGAAUGAAAGACAGCGGGAUGUGUUCAUCAUUGAAGCAGUUGUGACUACACCUCAGGAUCGCCAUGUAGUGCAAACGUCCAAAGUGCGUUGUAGUGGAGAUGCACUUCCCUCGCUUGCCGGGACUUUUACAUUUCUCCUUCCUGCUGACAUCCCAAGAACCUUCCACAUUAGCUUCAAGUUCAAACUAGGCCAGAUUGGCAAUUGUGGUUUUGAUGAAGUGUUGGUUGAUGAAAUUAAAACCUUUGUGGUGACCCAUUAUCAAAACAAGAACUUGUCUGAUUACUGUGAUGGCCACUUUGUGCCUGCAGUCGAGGUGCCCUUGGCUAAGAAACAACUUGUGGGUGAGUGUUUUCAUAAAUAAAAUAUUGGUAUGUGUAAUCAAAUGGUGACAAGUGAAUUUAUAUUAUUAGGAUUUGGACAAAACGCAAGUGAAAUUAUUCCCUAAUUUCACGAGUAUACCAUUUGAUUACCAAUUAAUAUCAUAAGUGACGAAUUACAUUAGCAAUUGAGAAUUUUUGACUUGUUUAUCCUGGAUCGUAUCGAUCAAUCGUGAACUCCACUAGCUCAAACGUUUAGAGCUGAAAUUUGGCUUAAGUUUUCAGAAUUUUUCGACAACAUACCUCUAAGAAUCCUUCUUGAUGUGCUCUUUCGUGUGUUCAGGUUUUCUAAAGCAUCUUUUCAUGCCCUGACAUCUGCAUUCAUGACAUUUUAAAACUUCAUCGCCAUCUUGAAACGGAGACGUACGGCAGGUUGCCAUGGCAAUUUAGUAAUUUCACAUGUGAAAUUACAAAUUAACACUGAAAUUUCACGCCAAAAUUAAGGAGUAAUUCGUCACCUAUGAUAUUAUACUGUUAAUAGCAUGUACAUGCAUAGUAAAAAUACCAUUAGAUAAUGAUAUUAAGAAUAUUAAGAAUUAUAAUACAUUCUGUAAUUCUUUUUUUAAAAAAGUGGACCUACUGUAUACAACCUUCAUUUAUACAACUUUUACAAUCUAUUCUGUACUGAGUAGAGUGUUCACGUAUGCAAUCGGUGUCAAUGGCCAAGGGUCAAUCAAAUAAAGGAGAAGUUCAAGAAUUUCAAUUUCUCUCCACUGCACAAUAACACCCCUGUAAAUGGCAAAAUGUCAUCCAGUUUGUGCAGCACAAUAUUCUUCAACUUUUAUAUACACUGUAAGACACGUACUUCAUACUCGUUUGGUGGAAUACACAGCACAGUACAUACAUGGUGUAUACAGGGCUGUGCUCUAGCACAGCCCGGUGGACCCUGGCACCCACCUUUUGCUCCUGGGCGACUAGAAAAUCUCAGAUUUUUGGUACAAAUCAUAUGCUGGGCACCCUAGAUUUUACAGGUUCAGAGCACUAGGCACCCUUCAAUUUUCCUUAGAGCACAGCCUUAGGUAGUAAUAAUUAAUUAACCCAUUCGCUCCUGGAGAUUUUGCCGAAAAAUGCGUUUUGAAGCUAGUCGAGUGGUUUUCUGGUCGCUGCAGUCGUGCCAUAAAGAGCUAAAACUUGCCACAAAACCGGUUUACAGGUCGUACACUUGAUGGCCUUCUGAUCCAGAUGCAAAAUAUCAGCUUGCGAAGUUCGGGCAUGCGCAGAAAGCAAAAUUUCGACAUAGUUUUUGGGUUGAAAAGUGACACAGCAGUCUUGACUUUUACUUUUCGCUUUCUCUCCUCGCCUCUUUUUUCGCUUUUCUUGCCUCAUUUUUUUUUUCUCUUGCUGGGCAUUUAGUAGGCGUCAUUUUGGUGGGAAUAGUUUUUAGGAAAGCUUUAGGAUCUUAGGAUUAGGUGAAAGGAAAGGUAGGUGGGCAACGGAAAAAGAUUUUCAUUGAGAUUUUCAGGUCAAUGUUACAUGGUUUUUUGCCUCUUUCUCCGAUGUCCUUGACUGAAUUGUGCUCAUUCUGGUAUGGUUUGAAAGAUCUCUUCACUCUGCACAAGUUAGCGGACAAAGUUGUCCUUGACCGUUAAACUGAUGACGUCACAAAGGGUAGAAAGGACGUGGAUCCGCACAGGCGGUUACGGGCGGUUCAGGGGCGAAUGGGUUAAAAUAAUUCCCUUUAAGUCACAAUAUUCACAUACAAAUUCUCCAGUACUCUAUGUAUGUACAUUUUCUUUAAGAAUAGAGAGACUAUCGUAUUAAAAAGAUCAACGCAUUUUCCCUUUGGUGAUUUUUGUUGAUUUUAUUACUUCUGUCGCCAUAACCUUUUCCCUUCAUGAUUGUAUUGGUGUUGUUGGGAGAGAAUUGACGUUGGACACUCUUUUGACUUAAGCGAGCUUCCAUGUAUCUUCAAGGUUCUUAUAGUAAAAUGUUGGCAUGAUUAUUUUUAGUGCAUGUAUAUAUACUAAAACAGAGGAUAGUGUUUUUUGCGCGGUCUGAUUGGCUACUCAAUCAGUGAAUAUCCAGUGCUAUUCACUGAUUCACUUCCAGUUCCUCCUAGCGAGCGACACCAAGCUUGUGUAAGUUAAGAGCAAAGUGGCUUCCCGAUUUUCUGCCAUAAAACAAAGAAAUAUCAAACAAGCUGUUCCCGAAAUAAACGAAGAAGAAAUUCGGUUUGGAAAUUUUAACAGGUACCAGUAAAUCUUUGUCUGUUUGACUUGAAUUUAUCAAAAAUUAUGAAACUUUAACCUGUGAAAAAGUUUUUUGUUUUUUGUUUAGCUUACAGAAUGGUUUUUAAUAUACAGAAAAUUCACAACUCCUUCUGAACAAAUUUCCUCGAAAAAGCUAAACAAAUGGCUUCAAAAGUUUUAUUUGUCAGCCAAAAAAAUGGUUGUUCAGUCAUUGCGAGCCAAAAUUAUAAUGAGAUCGUUGGCAACAGUAAAUGAGUUAAAAAUCAUCAUUUUUGUGCUCAAUCAUCUCACUGUUUUAGCAUAUACUAAAACAAUAAGUGUCGGUGGCUAGCCACCUCCACUUUGGUAAAUAAAUGUUGAUAUGUAUAAUUAUUUUAUAGGUAUGCUUGGAACACCUCAAGUUCAAAAGAUCAUCAACUAUUUCCAAGGUCUUGUGGAAAAUGGUAUUGGAUAAUCACUAUUUUUAAUACAGUCCUCUUACACUUUAUACUUGCACCAAUAAAAAUUGUUUACUUAUUCAAAAUACUAUUUAAAAUGGUGCUCAUUAAAAAUAUGCUAACAAAAGCGAAACCUGUCAAGCUCCAAUCACAAACAUUGCAUUAUUAACUAUAGUUUUGUGGACAAAAUUUUUGUUUGCAUUCUUAAUAAUUACUUAUCAAUCUGGAAUUAUAUUUAACCUUUCCAUUUUGUUUUUUUUCUUGUUUCUUAUCUUGUACAAAUUUUGUUUUUAUAAUUUUCACAACUUUUAUUUGUUAAUGGUUUUAGGAGCUUUUGACUGUUUUAAGCGAGAUCAGUGUCGUCUUCUUCAACACAUGCAUGCCAACUCCUAUGAUGCACGCUUCAAGGAUUUGAUCCUCGCUAUUCAGCUGGAGGUACCCAUUACUGGCAGUUUGUUAAUAUAAGUGUGGAAAACAAAAGACCUUCGCAGAUAUCUGUAAACUAUUGACAAAAUCCUCUGUUACAUCAAUAGUGAUGAUUAUUCAGGUUUAACCUUUGUCGAAUUUAAAAAGGCCUUUGAUGUGAGAAAUCAUGAACUUCUCAUUAAGAAAUCUAUCAAUUUAUAGGUUCAGCCUCUUAACAGUAAAAUGGUUUACAGGGUGUGCAUUGUAGGUCAUAUCUUACAGGCAGGAAACAAUAACAGCUGCUAACAGUGAGUUCCUCAAGAAUCUAUCAUGGGCCCUAUUUUUUUCCUCAUUUUGUUAAUGACAUGUCUUGAGUACAAUCUUAAAUAUGAUUGUUACAGGUCGUGAAUAAUUAGGGCUAGGAGACAAAGGAAAUUGAGAAUCAACCCAGGUUAAAGAAAAUUUAACCUGAAUUUAAUUUUGUCCUGUAACACAUAAAUGACUCUACACGUAACUCCAGUAAUAUUGUUUUGUUUGUUUGUUUGUUUGUUUUUGCAGGAAAGCCUUUUGUUGUACCAAAUGGGAAAUCUUGAAGGAUGUAAACAAUUGAGUGAAGAUGUGUGCAACCAAGCAGUAAAGUUCAACUCGCCCAACUACAAUGUCAUUGCUGGAAAGGCCAAAAGUGUUUUAUCCGGUGCUUACAAACAGGAAAGAGAGUUUACGAAGGCUGAAGAAGUCUUGGAAUCCUCUACAGAGGUUGGUAAAUACUCUGAACACUUUUAUCACCUCAUGUAAGGGAAUCCAAGACAGUCCUGGAUUCUGGAUUCCAUGCCACUGAUUCCAGAUUCCAGGUAGUGGAUUCCAGUCUUUGUCAGUGGAGCUUGGAUUCUGGAUUCCAAUAGCUAGAGGGAUUCCCGAUUCUUUGAGCUGUAUUCGAGAUUCCAAAACCAAGGAUUCUGGGCUCCCCAAGCUAAAUUUUCCGAGAUUCCAGAUUCCACAGGCCAAAAUUUCCCGUUCCAGAAUCCGGAUUCCUUUACAUUGGGCGACUUCUAAGUAAUAAUUAUUAUGAAGGGUUAUUCCAUUGAAAAGUAAUGAUCUGGAAAUUUGAAAAUUUGUCGUUUUGCAGCUGUUAGAGGCAGUUGUUCCCGGAGAAGAGACUGCUAUUAACCGCACGUGUGUCGCUGCCCUGUUCUCUGAGAAAGCUGCUGUUGUGGGAAUCACCAAAUUGGAGAGAAAGAGAAUGAAGAAAGCCAUGAAAGCUGUUCUAAUCCAUUAUGGGCACCAACUUGAUCGAGGUCUGAACAGGAAUGCUCGUAGUCCAAGGCGAUCAUUAAUCAGAUCAAUUUUGUAUUACCUUCAUUCUACUAGAGAAAAAGCCUCUAAUCUACAGAUCCCAGUAUCUGGUAAAGUCAUGUCACUGGUGGAAACCUUCAUUCGAAAAUUCAGCACAGAUUUUCUUGAUGACUGCCCCAUGAGAGACAAAGCACUGUUUUACAAUGCCCUGGGAGACUUGCACGCCCGAAAAGGAGAGUAUGAGCAAGGUGAGUCACCACUGUUAUGUUAAUUGUCACAAUCUACGUAAAAAGUGAAUAGAAUCCGUUACUGGACUUUUUGCAUCCCUCUUACCGGCAGUGGAACAAAGGCAAGUGAAAUUGUUGUGUUCUUUAUGUUAUGUUUGUUUUAGUUAAUCGAUUCAAGAUACUAAGGUUUUCGUCAUACCGCAGUUCUGUUCCAUACAUGUUUGUUUUAACUUUUAUGAUAUCAGGCUGGAGAAUACCGUUUGUAUACUGAGCACAGGCUUACUUCCCUAAAAAAUAAGGGUUUCUUUGUAUUGAAGUCGCACUGUAACUACAAUGUAUUAACUAUUCGAUCAGGAUUGAAGCAGAUUCUUUCAUGUUCUUUGAUUGUCUCUUACCCACUCUAACAACUGAUUCUUGUUGUUUAUAUGUACCAGUAAAUGCUAUUUUUAUUUAAUAGGGAUCGGAGUUGUAACCAAUGCAUUCAGAAUUGCGCAGGAACUUCGGCUGAGGGAAGAUUCUAGUGGCUCACGUAAUCGACUGACGCAGCUGUGUUUUUUGAGCGGACGUAUGUCUUUUGAAGUUCCUGUGGGAAGAAUGGCGGGAAACCAGCCUUUCCAAGAACCGCGAUAUGAAAUACUGGAAAGAUAUCUUGACGAGCUUAGACAAGUUUAAAGAUCAAGGUAGUGAUAGAAGGAAUGGCCUUAGUUACCACUCUUAACCAUGUCUCUCUAAAACAGACACCUGUUGGAUCGAAAGUACGUGUCAGUAGGGAGUUUAAGACAUCACGAUAGCGACGUCAACGAGAACAUCUCUGUAGGCGCAUCACACUUUUUGAUCCAGUACUGACAUUUCUUUGCCUACAACUUGAAAGUUCCAAAUGCGAUGCUUUAUGGGUGACGUGAAAAUAUGACAAUUCUUUUUUCUCUUCCUUAGUUUGGCUACAGUCCUUAAGAUUUCGUGUUUUGUAAAAUUCUGGCCUUACAUUUGGCAAAUUGCGUGAGUUAAAACUUGUGGAAUUUGAAAGAAUACGAAUUCAGUUUUAAUAUUAUUUUGCUACAGCCGCCGUCGUGGUGCCUUAAAUUCUGUAGUCUAAAAGAGGUGACCUCUUCAUAGAGAGUAUAUAAUAUAAAAUGGAUGAAAAGCGGAAGGGACUAACCCUAGGCGUUCUUGUUAUGGAGUCUACUAUUGUAUGGUAGUGUUUGUUUAGAAAGAGGUGACUGAUGUUGCUUUCCUGCUAUGUCAGAGAUACUUCCUUGUUACUUGCUCCUUGUUAUUUAGGCCACUUAUUAUUUCCUUCUAGAAGGGAGGUACAGUUGUAAAACAGAGUACUUGUCUCCUUUUAAACUGCGUGCUUCAAACAGUAACUUUUGUUUGUAGUGUUUUUUUUUGUUUUUUUUUAAUGUAUAUUUUUUGUUUCAAAUCAGAGAGCGAGUGAGAGGAUUAUAGCCUAUGAACACUGAAGGUGAAAACAAAGGGGCUUUAAGAGAGCGUUUAUAGUAAAUCUUGUGGACUUUUAUGGACAAAGACGAUAAGCUAGCAAACUAAAGACAUUCAUUUGCACAUCUCUACUCUUUCGCUCCCAACUAAACCAAAUGAAAAUUAGAUAAAGUAAUGAAAAAACAAACAGUUCAGUUAUGUCGGAGGCGUUUUCUGUACUUGAAUGGUUAUACCAAGAUUUUGUCGAUGACUCUAAAGAUUGGAAAAACCGCAUUUCCAUAAGUAAUUAAUGUUUCAUCUCUUCAUUGCAGCUCGAUUUGUGAAACUGCCACCAUGUUUAUGGGAUCUUAAAGUUCCCUCAAAAGCACCGGCUAAGAAAGGUCAAUAAAGGGGACAAGCAAUGACAAUGUUGUACAUACCGUAUGGCGCUUUUAUUUUUAAGAGACAGACGUUGUCAUCAUUGGAUAUAUCACCGUCCAGAAACUUUGUAAAACAAUAAUUCUUAUCUUUUUGCAGAUAUAAUUAUUCAAAGGCGUACAUGUUUUAAUGUACUGUUACUACUUAUUAUAAGUCUUUUAAAUAGGAUCUUAUCCGUACAAGGAAGUAUUCAUAUGCCGUGUACAUCAAUUAGAAGAUGUGCUUUCAAUUGAACGUUGUCGUAAAAUGUACACUUCAAGACCACGCUCACCACUGAGGAAUUCAUUUUUCAUAAAACGACAAAGGUAAUCCUCUGUAACCUUCUUAUACCAUUUUGUGGCAUUGACAAAUGCAAAGUUACGAACGUACAAUGAAUUUACAACUACCAACAAGACCUUGUGGUCUUGCCGUGUAGGCCUAAGGCCUUAAAAUGCAACAAUGUUUAUUGAAGUACCUUUAUAUGAUGUAUAUGUGCGUGUUAUCGCUACCAAGUAGCCCCAUUUUUAUGAAAAGAUCUUUUUGAAAAAAACUUCUCAAAUUCAUGAGAAGACGAAGGAUCUGCCUCGUGAGAAUUAAUUGUUCGGGUUAAAUCAUUGUCAUAGGUCUUUACGGGGUUUUUUAUGUUUGCAAUACAAACUAAACUUCCAACUCUUGGGACCCUGUGCAUCUCGCAACAAUGAUAUUACUACUACUGUUUGUUUGUUGUUUUUUUUUACUAUAUACGCGUCUUUUCUUUCUAAAUUUUUUACAUGUUCAUAUGUUAUUUUGCUCUACAUUAACUGUUCCUUAAAAGUUAUUCCACAAGUUUAAAGUAGAUAACAAUGUUUUUGUACAUAAUUCAAAUGUACCAACCACUUGCAAUGCUGAAACAAACGAACCCAUUGUUACAAGAACCAAUAAUAUAUCAACUUCUGGGCCGGUUUGUUUAAAGCCGUGUUAAGAUAACCCAGGAUUAGUUCGAAAUAUGAAUUCAGAUAUGAAAGUUUAAAAGGCAAAUUCAGUUUUAUUCGUUUUGUCCGCAAAUUGAUGAUUGGAUGCUCUAAAAGGAAUGGAGAAAACUAUCCUGGAAAAUGUUUAUGAACAAAAGAAAAAGAAACUUGAGUUAAAAUUUAACCCUGGGUUAGCGCUAAUCGGCCCUAGAACAACUGG